AUGAGGAUCAUUGACCCCCAAUCUGCCGUCCUCACCAAUGUCGAGGUACUGGCUUACCUCUCAUCCAAUCCCCCCGCCGGCCACCGAGCCGGCCGCCAAAUUCACGGAACUGGGUACCAAAUUCACAACUAUGCCAGUCGUAUCUCUCCCCAUCUCCUCAAAUACCCGCGUUUCACCUCCCGCCCGUCAUCCUCCCAGUCCCAAACUCAAGCAGCCAUGACCGGGACCAUGAGACCAACUACCACUACCAAUACUACCGAGCCAGACGCCUCCACCAUCCCCCCACCACCUCCAUCUAAUGAGAUAACCCCCAUGGACAAAGCGCUGCGUGAUAUCGUUUCCAGACUCCAGCCCUAUGGCCUAACCAAGGCCGAGCUGGUGACGAUCCUAAACCUAGGCAUUGGCCUCUCUGCAGGCGGCGAAUCGGAAGAGCGCGCAGAUGAGGAAAUGACCAACGGCCACGGGGAUAUGGAGGUGGAUGGCGAGGUACCAGCUGUGAACGGGGACGCAGAGGCGGGCGAGGCCGAACCUGAGGGCGAGGAGGGCAUGGACUACGGCGCGAUGGCACUCUUCGACUCAGUGAUCGAGGAGCGGGAGUAUCGGAUCUCUGACGAACAGUUGGUUGAAAUUCUGGCGAUUAUUCGGGAGACUUUAGUAGAGGACUAUGGAAGCUGA